AUUCCGCUCUCGUUGCCACGUUUUCACUCUCCAAGGCACGCACCGGUGCGGAAUCCACUCGCUGAAGCGCCAGCGGACGAGGAACUGCGGCAACAUGGGGGUGCUUAGAGCGAUGUGGUCAUGGAUCACCUUCACCACUGUCUCCUGCGCGAUAUUUGUGAGUUGUUUACAGUCUAAAGCGCUUUAUAGCCCCGGAUACGUCUAACAUGGUGUUUGUGAUUCUUUGCUGCGGUCUUUGGAUGCGGUGGUGUGAUUAUUGUGUUCCUGCUGUCUGUAGUCGGCUUACAUGGCGUUCGUGGGCCGCCAGGUUUACAGGAUCAUGUACCCAACAUUCUCGGAUAGUCCGAAUACUUUGGACCCGUUGUGGGGUGAGGGUCAGCCACUGGACGUGACGUGCUACUUAUCUUCUCGCCAGGAAUGGGAUGCGGCCAAGGACUUCAACGCUGGAGCACUGCACUUGGGAGCCUUCAAGUCUCUCACGUUCGACUGGGAGAGCUCCAACUCCAGACAUCUGGAUUUCAAUAUCUCUCGCCAGACGCUGGCAGAGCUCACAAAUGACUCGAGAUUGGCGAACCAGGUCUGGAACGCACUGAAGGGCAACGCAUCUGUGUUCUUACACGUCCAUGUAACCCACGCUGGGUUCUCGCCAGACCCGAGGGACAGAGAGAGCUACGACCAGUACAGGACCAUCCACCAGGCCUCCACCCUUGUCAAAUAUGCACCAAGACCUAAUGCGAAGAACACUAGUCUGCUGUUGGCUUCUGCGAAGGCACAGAGUGACUCAACGUCGAAGGUGCAGGAGGAAGCAGCGAUCAUUUCGUACUGGAAGCCAGCGGCGAGCGUUCGCCUAGUGACGGACUUUACGAGAUACCCGGUCGAGGAACUGCCCGUAAUGGUUUACCAGAACUUACGCUACGUGCAGCACCCGAUGGAUCAGCGUUGGCGCUACUUGCCAGCACUGUAUGUGGAUGAUCUAUCGCAGACUCAAGAUAAGCUUGUGCCUUUAAACUCGACACUGGACGAUGGCAAUGGUGGCGAAGUUGUUCUUCCGCUGCUACUGUCCUGGUCUCCGCUGUCAUUUGCUCGUUGGCAGAUGCAGCUGACGUUUGCAACGGUUUUCGUCUCACAGGAGCAAAUGGGCGUACCGUCUAGCGAUCUGGAUGCGCUCCGUUCCAUGGUUACUGACACUCAUCCGGUUCUUCUGGCUGUCACGAUGAGCGUGUCGCUUCUCCAUUUACUGUUUGAUUGGCUGGCUUUUCGCCAUGAUGUGAGCUACUGGCGUGCUAAAGGAGACAAUGUUGUUGGUGUGUCGCUACGUGCUAUGGCGGCUGAAUUGGGUUCGCAGACUGUGGUCUUACUGUACCUUGUCGACCAAGACUCGACGCUGCUAGUCACCGGACCACAAUUCAUCAGUGUCAUACUGCUUGUCUGGAAAGUUACGAAGGUCUGGAGUGCUCAACGUCGUCAACUUAAAGCUAAGUCCAUUGCUCCAACCGAUGCAGCUGAGGACAAGACGAAAACGAUGGAUAGGCAUAGCUUGCGACUGCUGGAGGAAACUCAACGUGCUGACUCGCUAGCUACGUCACACAUGCUGUUCGUACUGGCACCUUUAGCUGCGGGUUACGCCGUGUAUUCGCUGCUGUACGUCCCGCAUGCUGGUUGGUACGCCUGGUUGCUUGAAUCUCUCACUACGACAGUGUACGCCUUGGGAUUCGUGUUCAUGCUCCCGCAGUUGGUCAUCAACUACCGACUCAAGUCAGUGGCACACUUGCAGUGGCGGUUGCUCGUCUACCGUGCGCUCAACACGUUCAUCGACGACUUGUUCGCCUUCGUGAUCAAGAUGCCAACGCUGCACCGCAUCUCGUGUUUCCGCGAUGAUAUUGUCUUUGUCGUGUAUUUGUACCAGCGGUGGAUCUACCCUGUGGAUACCCAGCGACCGGGAGAUGUCGCUGAUGGAGCUCCAACUCCUGACGGCUCCUCUAGCAAGCCUCACAACGAAUAAACACGUGGAGUUGAAGCUGCUUUGUCAACUGUCGCAAAACAUGAUCUCAGUGCAUUGAAUUAUCAUAAUCCGGUAAGAAACAGGUACACCCGUACAGUACGACUGAAUGUUGAAUGAGGUGUGUUCAUCGUGGACAAGUGAAUCUUGAUGCCAUAUUGACGACUUCUCAUCGAGCACGUGCGAGAUCUUUCGGUGCUUUCAAUGUGAACACUAAGCCAUAUCUCUUUGGAUCUUUAGUCAUCAAACUGCUGGGUUUAAGCAAGAAGUGAAGAGAGGAUAGAGGAACCGAAGCAAGAGACUGAGGUCUCGAACGCGAUGAAAGUUGUGUUAUGUCUUCGCGCACCCUGAGCUGUGCUGGCUCAGCCCUCUGGUGAUUCUACCUGGAUGGCAACUUCAUUGAAGUCGGGGUUUUCAGAGUCGGGAAGCUACAAGACGUGGAUGUUCGGAGGUUGUAGUGGCUGGAACUGGAGCUGGGACGGCGACGCUGGUUGGGACCCAAGCAAGGAGCUUUGGCACUCCCAGCCUUCCUGGACUUGGACUCGCCCCACCCACCUGAUGACAUGAUGUACGUCGAGAACUGGGGAACUCCACCGACUCGGACGAUUCCAUCACGUCGAUCAUUUUACUUUGGGUAAACCAGUGCGUCGAGCGGGUGAGCGUGCUGACUGCGGUUGACGAGACUAUUCGUGCUCUUGACGUUCGUAUGGCGUGCUGUCGGACUUCGAUGCCUUCGUGCUGGAUCAAUAGGAUAAUGCUGAAUGCCUCUACGAUGACUGGCUCUGGUAUGCUCGAUACCUGGUUAUAAGAUUCUAAAUCACGUUGGUCCUCAUGGAGAUACCAAGAUGAAAUCUCAGUUUCCAUUACGAUGAUCCUGUCUUCCGUUAGGGACUUGCCAAUAGCACUAUCUAUUGCUAGAAAGCUGGAUACCGGUAUUCAAUUUUUUGUCGAGACGAGGUGCUCCGCAGGUAACCGCAAUUGCCGAGGCAGGUGGUCGAAUGGUGAUCUUGGAGCACUGUCGCGCGUAGGUCGGGUGAACUGCACUAAUUCAAACUACAUUCACUCGAUCAAAUACAUCGACAAAGUUACUACUACUGUAGCAGUACAGAUCAGCCAAGCUGCCGAGUUUGUGUUCAUCUAAUGCAGUAAGUUUGUUACUGUUGUCUCGAAACGAACAUCUUAAGUCUGUGUACUGUACAGUAACUGUUCAAAGCUGAUCAAGAUCGAAUUCUUCAACCUCAUAGUCAUCUUCAUCCGAGCUUGAACCCAAAGAAUCGCUCGUGGCGUCACUACCUCCACGCAUGUGCGCAGCAAGCACUUCUUCAAGAUGAUUUACGUAUUCGAAGCUGGUUUUGCAGUCCAGUGAACAGAAUCUCCCUGUAUCGCAACUCAAAGAUGAAAGAGCAGUGAAGAACAAACACUCGCAGUUGACGCAGUGAGUUUGUCGCUUCCUCCAGCUUGAAUCGCAGUCGUCGUCGUCGUCACCAGUUUCCUCGCGAAUACUUCGCGUCCUUGAUGCUGGUUGUUCUGACGAGCUGUAUCGGCUUGGGACGAUGACAUUGGCGCUAGCGUGGCGAACAAAGGGCUCGGUAGCAGCAGUGGGCACAGAUUCUGGCUUACCCGACCAUGACUUGGGCCGAGUUUCAUCUGAAGAUUGUCUCGACUUGAAGAUAAGCCUGAACAUGCGAGAUGCAAGGCUUGGACGGUGCGGAAGUUCUGGACACGGUUUGACCAGCACUCCGGUGUUACUUGAUACCCGAAAAGCUCUCUUCCUUUCCAGACGUGGUACGUGCUCCAUGAGUUACUUGCCUUGAAUGGCGGAUUGGAAAGUGAGCAUGGAAUUCUACUGUACAUUAUACGAUAACUCUUGUCUGCUCCCAGUUCAAGGGAUGAGAUCAAGUUUUGUCUGUUCUUGGAAAACGAGACGGGGUUUACUUUAGAAAACGAAUUGUCGAGCAGUCUAGCUUUUAAAAAGCCGGAUUACGCUAGCAGUAAGUACGGUGAACGGUGGUAUGGAAGCGCUGCCUUUGUAAUCACUCCGAGAAAGGGAUUGGGAGUCGGCAAUUCACCUUGCUCUGGGUGAGUCAGGCCUUUAGAUCUCUUUGCAACCAGCACAGACGAUUGGUUCUCUAAUCCAUUUUGUCGUGUUUUAAAUUCAGCUACAUGUACCUCGUGAUUUUGUUUUGUAAAAGAAUUUCAGAUUUUUUAAAGGGGUUAAAAGAACUCACUGAGACCGUA